AUAAGCUGCUAAUUAAAACUUGUAAGGUACGAGCCAGUUGGUUUGCUAACCCCAUCACAUGACUAGUUUCGGUCCACCUUGGCGUCUGAACGCGCCUACAUGACCUGUAACCUGUUUGAAGAGUCGUCGCCAUGUGACUUACGGCAGCAAUAUGACGGAUAACAAGGCAAAGUCAUUACCAUGCCUGUCGUCUUAUGUUUCUGCUCUACAGUUAUUUCAUAUGUACUUACUUACUGUACCGGGGAUUGGGGUUUCCCAGUUACCUACAGUGGAACCAUUGAUGUCCAUUUUACAACAUGCUGAUGUACUACUCGAACAAACAAUUAAAUUUUUUCACUUCACUACACUACGUCAUCGGCACCGUCCACCUCCCCAAAUGGUAUCAUCCCAAGAACUACUUUUUUUAUAUGUUCUCAAGAUUAAGAAUCCCAUUGUCAACAACGAAUCACCGAUUGCUGUAGCCCUUGCAUCUAAAGCGCAGUGAUUUGCAUAUUGAGCAUGCCUACGCCCCAGCACCAGUCCAAAUUUAGACAUCUCCCACGUGCAGCUUCUGGACCUUUGGAGUGUCCCUACGAGGUGAAUGCUUUCAUCCUCGAUUGCCAAACGCCCAGAAAGUUCAGUGUACUGAUCAUCAGGUCACAGGGUAGGAAUGUCAUCGCAUCGUGCCAGUUUAAUAAAGGUUCUGCAUUCACUCAGGAAGAACGGAAGACGUUCAAGCUGCAUGGUUUAUUACCCCCGAACAUCCAGACUUUGGAGGAACAAGUCCAGCGGGCAUUUCAUCAGUAUCAGAGCCGCCCCGAUGCUUUAGCGAAAAAUACCUUCAUGGCAAGCAUGAAGGCGCAAAAUGAAGUUCUAUAUUAUAAGUUAAUACAAACUCAUCUGAAGGAGAUGUUUGGUGUGAUAUAUACACCCACAGAAGGUGAUGCAAUUCAGAACUACUCCCGCCUGUUUAGAAAACCAGAGGGUUGCUUCCUAAAUGUCGAAGAUCAGGACAGGAUUGAAGAAUGUCUUUCCAAUUUCGGUCGUGGUUCAGACAUCGACUAUGUCGUUGUCAGUGAUGGCGAAGAAAUACUGGGCGUUGGAGACCAAGGCGUGGGGUCCAUAUUGAUAUCUGUGGCCAAAUUGGUUCUCACGACCUUAUGUGCUGGCAUCCACCCUUCUCGACAGUUGCCUGUGGUCUUGGAUUGUGGCACAGAUAACAAAGAUCUACUCAAUGACGAAUUGUACCUGGGCCUUCGGCAGCCGCGUGUCAGGGGCAGGAAAUAUGAUAAUUUUGUUGGAAACUUCGUGGCAACUGCCAGAAAGAUGUUCCCUAACGCCUACAUUCACUUUGAAGACUUUGGCCUCCAUAACGCCAGAAGGCUUCUGAAUCAGUAUCGGUCGCAUAUACCCUGUUUCAAUGAUGAUAUUCAAGGAACUGGAUGUGUGACUCUAGCUGCGUUAAUGACGGCUUUCCAUGUCAGUAAUACUAAGCUGGCGGAUGUUCGUGUAGUUAUCUUCGGCUCAGGAUCAGCUGGUACUGGUAUUGCGGAACAAGUUGCCGAUACUAUUGCCACAGAGACUAGCAGAACAAAGCAGGAAGCGUUGAGACAGAUAUGGUGCCUGGAUAAGCCAGGUAUUUUGUUGAAGUCUCUUGGUGAUCGACUUACAGCAGAGCAGGCACCGUUUGCACGGGAUGACAAAGAGUGGCCCAAGGAAAGAGCUACAGAUUUGCUGUCAGUCGUGAAAGAGAUAAAACCGCAUGUUUUGAUCGGCACCUCGACAAAGCCGAAGGCCUUCACAGAGGACAUUAUCCGGGAGAUGGCAGAACACGUCGAGCACCCUAUUAUCUUUCCUUUAAGCAACCCUACACGUCUGCAUGAGGCUUCUCCAGAGGACAUCAACAGCUGGACGGAUGGUCGAGCGCUAAUCGCGACGGGGAGCCCAUUCCCCCCUGUUGAACGUAAUGGAAUUAAAUAUGAAGUCGCGGAGUGCAACAAUUCAACCUGCUUCCCCGGUAUAGGCCUUGGGGCGGUUUUAUCUCGGACGCGAAUCCUUUCUGACAAGAUGCUGGUGGCAGCAGCCAAAGCAUUGGCUUCUCACUCUCCGGCACUGCGAGAUCCAAACCGGGCACUUCUGCCGGAUGUCGAGAAUGUACGUGAAAUUAGUGUGGAUAUAGCUCGGGCGGUCAUCAAGACAGCGACCAAGGAAGGACAUGCCCAGGAAGAGGGAAUUCCCGAGGAUGAUGAAGAUCUAGAAAAGUGGAUACGAGUGCAGAUGUGGGAGCCCCUUUACAGACCGCUUGUUAAGGCAGGACAACCGUGAUUUGCAGAAUAGCCUGUAGCCCUCGUAUAUUUCUCUCGGGAGUUUUUCCAAUGGGACAAAAAGCGAGAAGUGAGCACGAAGAGGGUAAAGUAACAGUGUGGAUGGACCCGAGGAUUAUGGAGCUAUGUACUUACAGAGCAAACGGAACCCGAUAUUUCGUAUAUGGGAGAUUAAUGAUCCACUGAAUGGAGGAACCUCUUGAUAGCGAGUAGUAGUUAGCUAAUGUAUG